CUCUCUGAACCAACCCCUCUCUUUCCAUUCCCCCGUAUUGACCGCUGAUCAUGGAUGGAAUUCCAUGGGACCAGGUCAAGGCCGGGGAUCUGGAUGCCUUGCAGGUCGUUCUCCUCUCGAGUUCGACCUCGCGCAGGCUCCGGGCCCUGCAAGAACUCCGCGACAAGAAUGGGUCUGAACUAUCCCCAGAAACCCAUCACGAUAUACUAGAGUUGCUUUUCCGUACCUAUCCUCUCUAUGUCGAUCGAUCCUCCCGACAGGCGGUUCAACAAUGCCUUCGCUCUUUCCUCCGCGGGCCCAAUGCGACCGAAGAGUUAAAAUUCCUGACGCAAAAAUUACAAAUUGAGGCAUCCAGAUCAGGUCUGGCUUCCUCGUUUGCAUUUGUUUUGUUGGAAUGGUGCUGUAUCCUUUUACAGCAGGCUAGCGAGGACCAGAGCACCCCGUUGGCUACCGUGCUAGAUCUGAUUGUGGUUGAUGCCAAGGCGCUGGAAAAUUGUCUUUCCCACAAUCCCAAGCCUGCAGUAAAGCAGUCAGCUCUUCGAGUAACACGACGUGCUUUGCGCGCCGUAUUUUCGUCUGAGGCAUGGGGCGCUGAUGCAGUGCGGCAGUCUGUUAGUCGACUGACCGCAGAGUCUACUGCAGCAUUCAAGAAUGCACCUCUUCUCGGUGUCGUAUGUGGUGUCUGCGCGCGGCUAGCGGACAAGACGGCAAUCCUCGAAAAGUCAAAGAAAGAGAUUUUGGCUUUCUACAUCAAGGAGAUCGUGAGCUCAAAAUCUGCUGUGCCCGCACAUGUCGCCAAUGGCAUGUCUGACUUCUUUACUUCCUUCGUAACAUAUGAAGAUUUUGCCACCGAACUGGUACCUCCUAUGGAAAAGUCCAUACUACGAGCACCAGAGGUGGUUCUCGGAGGCGUGAUUCCCCCUCUAUGUGCUUCCUUGCCGGAAGAAAUUGAUCUCUCAGAACUGGUGCAUACACGCCUUUGCAAGCAUCUUUUAAGUAGCAUGAAGUCGAAUAACCCAUCAAUUCGUCAAGGAGCAUCUGACUCUUUUGCAUCUUUGCUCUCUCGAUGCAGAACCGAUUCCUUGGUCUUGAAGAUUACAAAUGAAAUCAUUGGCCCUCUGAAAACCCAAAAGAUUACUACUCCUGAACACCGCUUGGCUUACGCCCAGGCCAUUGCGGCUAUUUCACCCUCAGCGGAUGUCUCGAAAGAGAUUGUUCAGGGAUUCUGCCCUGUCUUUUCACGAGAGUCGAACGAAGCUGCUCUGGAACAGGAGAUUAAAUCCUUCGGCCAACACCUCACCUACCUCAUUCAAUCCAAGCUCAAGGUGAGCGACGAUGUUGUCAGCACUAUCGUUAAGGGUGUAUCCGAUAAGCGAAUUCCGUUCCGAAAGACUUGGCAAGCAAGUGUGGGAGAAGUCCUAUGGAAAUCUGAUCUCGAGGAUUUGAAGACUCCUGAGAUUGAACCACUUGUCUCCAAGUUCCUCGCGAAGAUGAAGGAUUUGUUUGGUGAGGUUGCUUCCAACCCGCUUCCCUCCGCUCAAAGUGGUGCUCUAUCUUCGGCUUAUCUAUUCCUCGCUCUGUUCCACCGAGUUUCCGAUGUUCAAGGGUCUGCCAGGUCCGCUUGGGAGGAGAACGUAGCCCAAUCAAUGACCCUCAGUCCCAAGCCUUCUUUCCUCCUCAACCCUAAGGCAUACUCAAAGUUGAGUUCCAAGGAAGAAGUCCAGUGGUUUGUCAGGGCUCUGGCCGCUGUUGCAUCCGGUCCCAAAUUUACUAGCUCUGAAGAUGCAUCCAAGACGGCUUGGGCUCAGGCCUUUAUCUACGCAAUUACUGCGCCUGCUAUUCCCUCGAAUAUCCGCGAAAACUCCGCAGAAACCUUAUCUCAAGUAUAUUUGACGGACGUGGCCUCUUUUGGGCGCGUCGUUUUCAAUGCACUGUGGGCCUGGAUUUUUUCAUUCCGGACUGCGGAGAAGGAAUCAGCGGCGUUUUCCGCUGGACCAGAGAGCGAACGCCUGCUCUAUAUGGUCUUGAAGGCUCUGUGCCCAACCAAGGCUGUCAUAGAAUCCUCUGGGAUUUCCCCUUCCGAUCUGGAGGCUCUGCUCGUCGAAUUUCUGAUUCUGGGUCGACCUGAGUUAAUUCCGAACACCUCAUGGAUUGAUUUAUGCUUGAGGACCGGCACCGACCCUGGGAAUCUUGUGCGCGCACACCCUGAGAAGUGUAUUGAGCAGUUGGUUCGCGUAAAUGCAGACCCUGUCCAGUCAGCGGUGCCGAAUGUUAACCUCGCUGUCUGGAGUGCUGGGGCUGAAUUGGCAUUUGUCGCCCCUGAUGCAAUGAUCCCACGUUUGGUUGAUCAGAUUAAAUAUGAUUUGGACGGCACACGCCUAUCUAAGUUCACUGUCACUGAUGCCGCCAUUUCACGCACCCCCGAAGGAACCGCUUUCAUCGAUGUGCUCAGUAGCAAGUCGAAGCAGCCUGCCUUCGAUAAGAGCACUAAGGACUAUGAUACCCUUAAGUGGGAAGAAGAACUACGUGCGCAAUUAGCCGAGAAGAAGGGCCAAAGCCAAAAGAAGCUCACGCCUGAGGAAAACUCCAAGGUCAAGGCGCAGCUUGCCAAGGAGGCCAAGAUCCGUCAUGAAGUUUUGGAAGAAGUCAAGCGAAUCGAAAGAGGAGCCGGCCUUAUCCAAGGCCUCGCAACAGGUCCCGCCAACGAUGUCGAGGGAUGGAUCAACGCUGCCGUCAGUUCUUUGCUAUCACUUGCUCAGGCUGGGGCUGGUCUGUUUGUCGGUGACGUUGUCUCCCGGGCGUUCAUCACUUGCGCCGACGAGGUGUCCAUCCGCCUCGGUCCCCUGCGUUCUUUUGUCGGUAUCGCAACACUGCGAGCCAUCGGCAACACGAAUCUCCCCUCUGAUAUGGAAUUAGAGCCCCUCGGAGAACUCGUGACAAGAAUCCUCUACCGAUUGCGCUUUGCUUCUGAGCAGCGUCCUUUCGAUGUCACAUCUCUCGCAUACGUCCUUCCUCUUAUCUCUCUGGUCUUGACUCAGAAUGGUAUUGGAGAAGCGAAGGGAGAAGAAGAAGGCACCCAAGUCCUCCUUGCUCUUGAGUUCCUGUCCUUCCACUCUGGCUCUUUCGCCGACGCCCGUCUUCCUCGCGUCGAGGUUUUAAGUCAGCUUCUAUCCGCCAUGCAAAGAUAUACCCAGCACUACAAACUGGUCAAGGACACCUUGUUCGACUUCUGCCGGUGCAUCUCGCCGAACAUCAACAGCGAGGAGCUAGAUACGCUUUUGCGGGGAACGAUUGUCGCCGAAGCCUCCGUCCGAACAACCGUCCUUCAGGUUGUUGAGGCUGAGAUCGAUUUGACUGACCUCGAUUUCUCAGAACACAUUUGGCUUGCUUGCCACGAUAUCGUGGAGGAGAAUGCUGAUAUUGCAGACACGAUCUGGGAAGACAAUGCGCUGGAGGUGGAUGACACCUCAUUCAGCAAGAUCAUGAAAUACUUGGACUCCAAGGACCACCAGCUUAGAGGCGCUGCUGCUCGCGCUUUGGCACAUGCCAUUGAGUUUGAUGAGAGCAAGUUUGCGGGUAUUCUGUCCGAACUGCAAUCAAAAUACGUGGAAGAAACCAAACCUAAGGCACCUGAAAAGGACGCUUACGGAAUGCCUAAGAAGAUAGACACUGCAGACCACUGGGAAGCUCGCAGUGGUAUUGCAUUGGCCUUCAAUGCCAUGACUCAUGGAUUCGAUGGUGACGAGGCUGUCUCCUUUUUGCGCUUCCUGAUUGAAAAGGGUCCCUUGCUCGAUGGAAAUUCCCGGGUCCGUGGUCAGAUGACAGAGAGUGGUAAAUCUAUCAUCAUUUUGCGAGGAGAGUCGAAGGUUGAGGAGAUGAUGAAACUGCUCCAAACAACCUUGGAAACCUCGGAUAAAGACACAAAAACCUCUGACCUGCUGAAUGAGGCUGUCAUCGUAUUAUAUGGAUCUGUGGCGACACAUCUCAAGGCAGAUGAUCCUCGCUUGCAAACUGUCAUCAGUGAACUGCUUGUCGCCCUCGAUACCCCUUCCGAGUCUGUGCAGCACGCUGUAUCCGAGUGUCUCCCACCGCUGAUCAGAUCGUCUGGUUCGAAGACGGCAGAAUACGUGGAAAAUCUCCUUUAUCGCCUUUUCAAUGCACCCGACUAUCCACGUCAACGUGGUGCUGCGUAUGGUCUUGCUGCGGUCGUGUGUGGCAGAGGUAUCGCAACAUUGCGGGAGUACCGAAUCAUGAGCCAGCUCAAGGAGGCCACUGAGAACAAAAGAGAAAAGGAUCACCGACGGGGUGCUCUAUUGGCUUAUGAACUUUUCGCCCUGGUUCUGGGCCGGACCUUUGAGCCUUAUGUGAUUCAACUCGUACCCCAGCUUCUGGCAGGAUUUGGUGACACUAGCAUUAGUGUUCGCGAUACUUGUCUGGAGGCUUCAAGGGCUUGCUUCCAGAACCUCAGCUCUUAUGGUGUCAAGGAAAUUCUUCCGACCCUGCUCGAUGGUUUGGAUGAUACGCAAUGGCGUAGUCAAAAGGGUGCUUGCGAUUUGCUCGGAGCCAUGGCCUACCUCGACCCGCAGCAGCUUGCAGCCAGUCUGCCUGAUAUCAUUCCACCUUUGACGGUUGUGCUCAAUGACACCCACAAGGAAGUCCGUAGCGCAGCGAAUCGCAGUCUUCAGCGGUUCGGCGAAGUCAUCAGCAACCCUGAAGUGAAGAGCUUGGUAGGUGUGCUUCUGAAGGCUUUGAGUGAUCCCACGAAGCACACAGAUGAGGCUCUGGAUUCCCUCAUCAAGGUUUCUUUCGCGCACUACCUCGAUGCUCCCUCCCUGGCCCUUGUUGUGCGCAUUCUCGAGCGCGGUCUUAGUGACCGAUCUAACACCAAGCGGAAGUCGGCACAGAUUAUUGGCAGUUUGGCUCAUCUCACAGAGCGCAAGGAUCUUAUCGCGCACUUGCCUAUUCUUGUGGCCGGUCUUAACUUGGCCAUUGUUGAUCCAGUUCCUACAACCCGUGCUACUGCCUCCAAGGCCCUUGGUUCACUUAUUGAGAAACUCGGAGAGGAUGCUUUGCCAGAACUCAUUCCUAAUCUCAUGGCUACUCUCAAAUCUGACACUGGAGCCGGUGACAGACUUGGAUCUGCUCAGGCUCUUUCGGAGGUUCUUGCAGGCCUUGGUACGACCAGACUUGAGGAGACCCUGCCAACUAUUCUCCAGAACGUUUCCAGUGCCAAGCCUUCUGUUCGUGAAGGCUUCAUGACCCUCUUCAUCUUUUUGCCUGCUUGCUUCGAUCAUCCCCCUAUUCUUGCUGGUCUGGCUGAUGAUAUUGAGUCUAUUCGCGAGACCGCUCUCCGGGCCGGUCGUCUGCUUGUCAAGAACUUCGCCCACAAGGCCAUUGAUCUCUUGCUUCCUGAGUUGGAGCGUGGUCUUGCGGACGACAGCUACCGCAUUCGUUUGAGUUCCGUCGAGCUUGUCGGCGAUCUCCUCUUCAGUCUUACGGGUAUCUCUGGCAAGAACGAGGGAGAUGAAGAAGAGGAAGAAGCCACUCAAGCUGGCCAAUCCUUGUUGGAGGUUCUCGGGGCCGAACGCAGGGACAAGGUUCUUUCGGCUCUGUACAUCUGUCGCUGCGAUACCUCAGGCCAGGUCAAGAGUGCGGCCCUGGGUGUCUGGAAGGCUCUUGUCGCCUCCCCCAGGACGCUCAAGGACAUGGUUCCUACGCUGUCUCAACUCAUUAUUCGCCGCCUCGGGUCCUCCAACAUGGAGCAGAAGGUCAUUGCCAGCAAUGCUCUUGGAGACCUUAUCAAAAAGGCUGGAGAGUCUGUUCUCAACACCUUGCUGCCCUUGCUCCAAGAUGGUCUUCAGACUUCCCCCGAUGUGGAGGUCAAGCAAGGUAUCUGCAUUGCCCUCCGCGAGCUUAUCAAUGCCGCUUCUCCCGAUGCGCUGGAGGACUUCGAGGAUAUUCUCAUCGCCACCGUGCGUGUGGCUCUGGUCGACAAUGACGAUGAUGUGCGAGAAGCUGCUGCCGAGGCUUUCGAUUCAUUGCAGCAGAUCAUGGGCAAGCGAGUCGUGGACCAGGUCUUGCCUUACCUUCUUCACUUGUUGAGAGACGAAGAGAAUGCCGAGCAGGCGUUGUCGGCUCUGUUGACGCUUCUCACGGAGCAGACUCGCGCCAAUAUUAUCCUUCCCAACCUCAUUCCCACGUUGCUCACCCCACCAAUCACUGCUUUCAACGCCAAGGCCCUGGCAUCUCUGGCCGAAGUUGCUGGCUCUGCCAUGACAAGGAAACUGCCAACUAUCCUCAACUCCCUCAUGGACGGCAUCAUCGAGACUACCGACGAGGAGCUUCGUACAGAGCUCAGCACUGCCUUCGACACUGUCUUGGUCUCUGUAGACGAGUACGAUGGCCUGAGUGUUGGUAUGAAUGUGAUGGUCACUCUUGUCAAGCACGACGAUCACCGUCGUCGCGCUGCCGCGGCGCUUCAUCUGACCAAGUUCUUCGCGGAAGCCGAGGUCGACUUCUCGAGGUAUUACCAGGACUUGAUCCGCGCUUUGCUGAUUUCAUUCGACGAUCCAGACAAGGAUGUCGUCAAGGCUGCUUGGACUGCCCUCACUGGUCUCAUGUCUCAUAUGCGCAAGGAAGAAAUGGAGAGCUUGGCUAUUCCCACCCGCCAGAUUCUACGACAGGUGGGCGUGGCUGGUGCGGAUCUGCCUGGCUUCAGUCUGCCCAAGGGCAUCAUGGCUAUCUUGCCGAUCUUCUUGCAAGGUCUUCUGAAUGGUACUACCGAUCAGCGCACCCAGUCCGCUCUUGCGAUGUCGGAUAUCAUUGACCGGACUCGUGCCGAGUCAUUGAAGCCUUUCGUGACUCAGAUCACUGGUCCGCUUAUUCGUGUCGUGUCAGAACGUUCUGUCGAUAUCAAGUGCGCUAUCUUCUAUACUCUUAACAAGCUGUUAGAGAAGAUCCCGUUAGCUGUCAAGCCGUUCCUGCCUCAGCUCCAGCGUACAUUUGCCCGUGGCUUGGCCGAUACCACAAGCGAGACUCUGCGCAAUCGAGCCGCCAAAGGUCUCGGGAUAUUGAUUACACUGACCCCCAGAGUCGAUCCUCUUAUUGCUGAACUUAUUACUGGAUCUAAGACCUCCGACAUUGGCGUGAAGAACGCCAUGAUGAAGGCUCUCCAGGAGGUGGUUGGUAAGGCCGGUGCCAACAUGAGCGAGGCAUCCCGACAAGCGAUCCUUGCCCUGAUCGAUGAUGACGCUAGCGACCAGACUGGUAAGAUCAUCAUCACCGAUUCCUGUGAUUCACAGUCUUCUAACAUGAUCGCAGAUUCCGUUGCCAUUACCAACGCUCGUCUGCUCGCCGCUCUCGUGAAGGUCCUUCCUGCCGCAAACUCGGUUCCUCUCAUCAAGAGCCGUAUCAUUGCUGCCCCUCUUUCCCAUGCAGCGAUUCUUGGACUCAAUGCUCUUUUGGCUGAAUGCGCCGAGGUUCUGACGGAACACUUCGCUGUGGAACUGCCCACUGUCAUUUGCCAAGGUCUAACAAACAAGGAUCCCUUCAUCUCCGACAACAGCGCUCUUGCUGCAGGCAAGUACCUUUUGUCCAACGAUGGCGACCAUUCUUUCGAGUCAAGCAAGACCAUUUUCGAGGCCUUGGCAUCUGCCAUCCAAGUUGGCAACCCGGUCGACACCCGGCGAUUGAGCUUGGUAGCCAUCCGUACUGUCAGCCGCCUUCACCCUGAGCUGGCCCGUCCUCAUUUGGCUCUGCUCGCACCACCCAUCUUCGCUAGUGUCCGUGAUCUGGUGAUUCCCGUCAAGCUGGCUGCGGAAGCGGCAUUCUUAUCCAUCUUCUCCGUAGUCGAGUCCGACAGCGAGGUGUUUGACAAGUACAUGGCCGGUGCGGGUGCAUCUCUCCCACCAGGCCCCAAGCGCAGCAUGUCUGAUUACUUCAAGCGUAUUGCUGUUCGUUUGGCUAAUCAGGCACGUGAGCGUCGGGAGGCUGAAGGUGGUGAGGGUGGUUUGGGACUCUCAAAUGAUGAGAUAGAUGAUGAGAAGGAAUUGUGGAGCAUUGGCAAGGUUGAUCUCGGAGAGGCCUUUGGCGAUGAUGCCCUCUCAAACUCUCACCGUCGGGAUUUCUCAGUGCCACGAACAUCAUCCGCCAACGACCGUCGAUACGCCGACAUCAAGAUGGUCAACCUUACCACCCAGAAGCGCCUCGCCGCCUCCGUGGUCGGCUGCGGCAAGCGCAAGAUUUGGCUCGACCCCAAUGAGAUGAACGAGAUCUCCAACGCCAACUCUCGCCAGACCGUCCGCAAGCUCGUCGCUGAUGGCCUCAUCAUCCGCAAGCCCGUCACCAUGCACUCCCGUGCCAGCGCCCGUGAGCUCAACGAGGCCCGCCGCAACGGCCGUCACCGUGGUCUCGGAAAGCGCAAGGGUACCAAGGAUGCCCGUAUGCCCAGCCAGGUCCUCUGGAUGCGCCGCAUGCGUGUUCUCCGUCGUCUGCUCGUUCGCUACCGCGCCGCCGGCAAGAUCGAUAAGCACCUUUACCACGAGCUCUACCACUUGAGCAAGGGUAACACCUUCAAGCACAAGCGUGCCCUCGUUGAGCACAUCCAGAAGGCUAAGGCUGAGCGUGCGCGCGACCGUGUUCUCAAGGAGGAGAUGGACGCUAAGCGUGCCAAGAACAAGGCUCUCCGUGAGCGCCGGUUGGAGCGCAAGGAGGCUAAGCACAACGCUCUGAUCAGCGAAGAGUAAAUCUGAUACAAAAAUUCAAUUACCCUUCCGUUGUUUGACGCUUUUCUUGCAAUUCGGCGGUCCGGAGGUUGGAAACGGUUAACUUCUGGGUUGGAUUCGGGAUUCGAGGCUGUUCCCGACAUCGAACUCAGGUCGGCCUUCGGCGUCUUCCUAUUAGUCUAGAUCCUGUUACGACUUUCUCUCCUUCCCUUGUGUUCUCUGAUAGCAUGGGGUUCGUGGCCUUGUUGGAUCUUUCGGAAAAUAUGGGGUAUGGGAAAUAGGAAGAUGCGAUGAUGAUGUGAUACUCAAGCUAUUCUUGUUAAAAUGUAACGAGAAAGCAAAAGGAAAUCUUUUUUACUUCACCAAAAGACA